GGCUCCCUUCACUUCCUGUACAAUUAUGACAACAGAAGCAGCUACAUGUGAAACAAAACCUGGGACGCCGUUUGAGAAAAUGGACGACUUCAGCUUAUGUGAAGUUUCCGAAUGAGAUGGCUCACGAGCACUGAGGCAACAGGAGCUGCUAUGGAUGCUCUGACCAUCAGUGGGACGCAUCUCUCCCCAGAGAGAGAAUUUGACCGAAAAGUUGAGAUCAGAGCAGAGAACCACGAGCGCUUGCGAGGACGCAACAAUGUGACUUUGUGUCGCAGCCCCACCAGAGAUUUUGACUCCGGACAAAUCAAGAAUGAGCUGAAGGAGAAGAGGCAUCAGGAAUUUCUGAGGAGGAGAUCUGUGAGUCCAGAGCCAAAUCGCUCAAAGUGUGCAAUCUGUUCCUCAAAGGCAAAAACUCGUCUAGGGACGUUUACUACUAGACGCCGAACUCCCAGCAGCAAGUCUGAGAUGCUGCAUAGAAAAGUAGAAAUGUCCUCCUUUAGCCCAAUCGUUCAAACUCAGAGGAGCAGGGAAGCUGAUGAUCCCAGCAACAACACAUGGGCUUUAUUAUGGUUAGAACCAAUAACACAGGUAAAGCACAAGAACAAUCAAGCAAGGCAGCAGUCAUCUACCUCCACUGUCAUAAUGGAGCCAAGUCAACACUGGAUAAAACAUACCAAUAGAAGAGACAACAGUAUUAAGGUCCAAACAGCAAGCCUGAAAAUGGCCAAAGAAGCAUCAGCACAGACAGAAACAGUUCAUCCAAAGAAGAACCUUAGAGAAAUCAGUGUGCAAACAGAGUAUGGGCUUGUGACAGUCAAGGAAUCAGAUGUUCAGAGAUUAUCAGAUUAUUUACAGGAGGCUCUGUGGAGAGAAGAGGCAGUAAAGAAAAAGCUGGCCGCUCUGCAGGAGAGCGGAUCAAACCUUCUGAACUCUACAGACAUGAUAUGGAUUCUAAAACCAGGCAGGAAGACUCGCUGCAGUGAGGACCUGCUGAGAAGCAAGAUCAAGACUCUGGAAGCCCAGCUGCAAGUCUGUCUGCAGAAGAUUCCCAAAGAUGGAGUGAAGAAGUUAGUGCUGCAGAUGGAGAAACAGAGAGUGACGUACGAGGAGAAGGCCUUGGUUGCUCUGCAGAAGGCAACACAGGAAAAGGCAGAGGCACUCAGCAGGGCUGAGACCCUGCAGGAGGCUUUAAUUACAGUACAGGCAGAAGCUCUGAGAUGGCAGAGCCUUUUCGAAGAGCUGAAGCUGAACUCGGGGCAACUCAAGGAGAAGCAGCACAUCAGUAUGGAUCAGCUGCAGCAGCUGCACAGCCAGCUGGAGUUCUCCAGAGCCACAGAGGAUGAGCUGAAAGAGGAGAUUGCAGCAAUGAGACAAGAGAAGCAGGAGCUGCAGUACAACAUCUGCCUGCUAGAAGAUGACAACCAAACUUUGAGAGAAGAAAUACAGAACUUUCAAGAUGGUGACAAUACAAACCACAACUUUUUCAUGAGGAGUUUUCCGGAAUCACCAGAAGCGGAGCCUCGACUGACUGCUAACCGAGACUCUCAUCUGGAGGAGCAGCUCCAACACGCUCAACAGAAACUCCAGCUUAAAGAGAAAGAGUGUGAGGAGCUGCAGACUGAGCUGCAUGCGAUGGAGCAGGAGUGUCAGUCCAGCCAGGCCCGGCUGUCGCAGUGCAGGGAAGAACUUCGACAGCUCAGCCACCGCCGCAGCACACCAACAUCAUGCAGCUCCUGGUGGAGGGUCUGGCUCUUCCUCCUCCUUCUUCUCACUGUAGCAGGGCUUGCCAUGUUGUGGAUGUGGCAUCCCCCUUUCAGGGAGCAAGCAGAAGUUCUGUACUCAGACAUCGAGACAAGAAUUGAAGACUAUCUCAUUGAAAUGGUUUCUCCUCGAUACUCGGGCUGCUUUAGACCAGUGUGACAGUGUCAGUGCUUAGGAAUAUUGGUUUCUGUUUGUCCACGGGUUUAGUUUUUUUUAAGUAGAACUUUUGUGUGUGUGGCUUUGUUUGCAUUUUAAAAAUGUUUGAAGACUCAGAACUUAAAGUUUUGUGAGAUGUGUUGUGUCGAGGUUGUACUGUAAGGGUGUGCUAAAACAUAUUUCAAAUGUUUGAAGCUUAAUGCUAUUGUUUACCAAAAAACUGUUGAAAUAUGAGUUAAUUAGAGCCACAGGGAAGAUAUUUUCUACUGUAAACAGAGCCUCUAGCUAAACCACAAACCUCAGAUUAUUAUAAAAGAAAAGUCUAUUUUAUUGUGUGACAUCAAAAACUGUCAGCAGCACAUUUACUCUGAAAUAACAAGAAGGAAUGGGUGGAGAAAUAAAUCUUUGAAUUCAAAACAACUGA